GAGAUGAUAUAAGAAUAAUAACUGUUCUUGUCUACCACUCAGCUGAUAAAGCUUUUCACAAGUCUUUAUUAUUUAUAUUUUAGUUCUAUAUUAUGGCGCACGCUAAACAAAAAAAAAUAUAUACACUAUAUCUGCAUAUAUAUAUUUGUAAAUAACCCGCUGAGGCUAACAUAAUCACUAACAUUUCACCUUGACAACAUCUAUUUAUAUAUAAAACAGGUAAAAUUAGCAAUUCCAAUAAUGUGUCAAACAGCUGUUUCUUGUAAACAAGUUUAAAUUUAAUGGCUGAUUGUGUCAGUACCACCACUGCCACCACUAUCACCAUUACCACCACUGCCACCACUACCACUUACUUAAGCUGACCGUCAGUUAAUAUGAUGGAGAGUGUGUGUUGUGGUAGUAACUGAGGGAAGAGCACAGUUAUUAGAAGUUGACAGCAACACUCAGGCUUCUCGCUGCUCCAAGAAACUCCUCUUGCUACAUAGGAAAUUUAAAAUGGAAAACAAGAACAGAGUUAUUGAUAUCCUGCUGCAUGAAUAUAUUAGAAAAAUAGAUAUAAAAAAUCUACGUAAAACCUUAGAGGGCAAGUCGUGUGUGGAUUCAUUCAUCACAAAGGACUGUUCAACAGCAAUGCAUUUAGCAUCUUCAUUAUCUGAUGAAGCUGAUUGCUUAACUGUUGCAGAAUUUUUUCUUGCACUUGGAGCUAACCCUAAUGUUCCAGACAAAGAAGGCAAGACCAGUUUACACAUUGCUGCAUCAAUGGGUUACAGUCGUCUGCUGGAUCUCCUCCUUGUUAAUGGUGGCGAUCCUUUGCUAGGUGAUAUGAAGGGACAGUUACCUGUGGACUGUGCUUACCACCAACAUCACUUGGAAAUCGUUAAGCAACUCACUAAACUUCUGGACACAGAGAAUUAUGCUGGUGCACAAGAGAAUUCCCAUAAGUAUAGCCUUUCUUUCUGUAAGUGCAACAUGUAUAAUAGUGCUGACUCAAAACAUCAAACUGUCCAAACUUGUAACUACGUAGAAGUAAACCGAGGUAGAUGGGACAAAGAUGAAAAUGGCAUACAAUAUCAGCCACCAAAAAUGGGCAAGAAAUUAGGACUUGUCCCCAGAAAUAACCCAGAACCUAAGGAACCCAUCCAGCCCCAGUGCUUCAAUCUGAAGAAGUGGCAGGAGCUCCCUGGGGACGAAAUGGGUGCAGGGUCCACUGACAAACGAUUUGGAAUCCAUCCCACACAAAAUGCUCAGAAAGGAUCCAUGCCCCUGCACAAACCCUCACUAAUUGCAAAACAAAUUGCAAAGCUGAGGAACCAUUUAGAGCAAAGGUUUUACAGUUCUAUUUUUCUUCAUUGUCAGGAAGAACACAGACACCGUCCAUCAUCACCCACCAAAGAAGAUUCAAAAGUUAUGAACCACUGGAUCUCCAGUGAUGAAUCAUUGUCCCAGGAAUCCUUUUUCAUCAGAUAUAAUACGACUCAUAUAAGUGAGACGGAUAAAGUUUCUCAAGUCCAGGAUGUGAAUUUCAGUAGUGAUUACAUUCCACCUUGGAUUAAUAAUAAUAAUUUUCUUCAAUAUUUAAAACAGAAGGUUGAGGCAUGUUACACAGACAGUGACAGUGACAAUGACAUGAGGUCAUUACGUAGAUGUCUCGGGAAUAAAAUAAAACAUGGUACUAUAACAUUUCAUGAAUCUUUUGACUCUGCUCAGGAGUUAGAAUCGUUUACUGAUCCUCCCAGUGAAUUUGACAUUGCUCAUUUGACUAUUGAUAUCACUCUUGAUGCAAAUAGUGAAGAUGGAAAUCAGCAUCUUAAUGGAACUUACAUGCCACCUAAAAACAACCUGUUUUUUCCUGAUGGACAAAUGAUAUCAAAUUCACUGCAAGACAUAGAAGAAAAUACAGAAAUACACAAAAAUGAAUUUGAUUACACAUUAAACAAUACAACAGUGCAUCCAACCAACAAAACUUUUAUGGACCACGAAAAGAAAAGUCAGAUGAUGUCGAGUAAUCUUCCCACAAAAAUACUAGGUGAUAAUAAAGAGUUUCAUAAGGAAGUAUUUCCUGAUGUGACAGCACCUGAAAAUAUUCUUAUACCAGAAGCAUAUACUACGGUAACACUUAUCAAAGCACCUAAAAAGAAAAAAAUAUCAAAAAAAAAAAAGUAUUCAUCUUCCCUGAAAAACUUUACAAAACAAGUUGAGGAAUUAUAUAAAGACUCAUUCUCUUCUGAUGACAGCAAUAAUGUUGAUAAACUAGUGACCCAAAACACUAAAAGCACUACUAAAUACACUUACAUAAUUGUCACAUCGGAGGUAUCAGGACCAGCAAUGAAUGAUGCUGAUAAACUUCAGUGUUUUAUUUCAGCCAUAUUUUAUAUAGGCAAAGGAUCAAGAGGUCGACCAUACUAUCACCUCUAUGAAGCUAUCAAACAACAGAAUAGCGGCAAGCGGAACAGUGAAAAGAUUAAAAGAAUCCACAACAUAUGGUCAGAUGGUGUAGGUGUAGUGUCACUGCAUGUGUUUCAGAACACCAUACCUGUGGAGGCAUGGACCAGGGAGGCUGCCAUGAUUUCUGCAAUAGGGCUGGAAAAUCUAUGCAACAGUAUCCAGGGAACAUUUUAUGGUUUGCCAAGCACAUGGUCCUGGGCUGAGAGGCGCCAGCUAGGAACUCAUCUGCUUUAUAGAACACUAAACAUCUUUAUGAAUGAAGGAGAACGUCAGCUGAGACCAUCUGAUAUCGCGCCACCAGACUGGAUGAAGUAAUGCUGGUGUCAGUGAUAUAAAUUCUGAAUUAAUAUAAUGCCCUAAUUAUUAACUUGCUUUUUUAUGGAAAAAAUGUAAUUUUUUUUUUCAACAAGUCGGCCGUCUCCCACCGAGGCAGGGUGACCCAAAAAAGAAAGAAAAUCCCCAAAAAGAAAAUACUUUCAUCAUCAUUCAACACUUUCACCACACUCACAAAUUAUCACUAUUUUUGCAGAGGUGCUCAGAAUACAACAGUUUAGAAGCAUAUACAUAUAAAGAUACACAACAUAUCCCUCCAAACUGCCAAUAGCCCAAACCCCUCCUUUAAAGUGCAGGCAUUGUACUUCCCAUUUCCAGGACUCAAGUCCGACUAUAUGAAAAUAAUGUAAUUAGAGUAACUAAAUUUUAAUAUUCAUGAAGGUGCUUUCUUCCAUUUAAUUUCUAAUAUUUAUCAAUUUUAAAACUGUAGUGUAAGUGUGCCUCUGGAAGAUAGUGAUGGAGUGAAUGAUAAUGAAAGUUUUUCUUUUUCGGGCCACCCAGCCUUGGUGGGAAAUGGCCGAUGUGUUAAUAAAAAAAAAUAAAUAAUCAAAUAUAUAGAAAUGGCAGGCUUAAACUUCAUGACUAAAUGCUCAUAAAUGACUUAUGAUUUUAAGCUUCUGCAGAUUGAUUGUUUACACAACUUUCUUUUUUAACACAACUACUGCCUCCCAUCAAGGCAGGGUAACCCGAUAAAAGAAGAAAUAUAAAGUUUUUUCAUUUUACAUUAAGUAAUUUAUACAGGAGAAGGGGUUACUAGCCCUUUCCUCCUGGCAUUUUAGUGGCCUCUUAUGACAUGCAUGGCUUACUGAGGAAGGAUUUUUUUUUCCCACUUCCCCAUGGAGAUGAAAGGAAAUAAGAACAAGAGCUUCAUAUUAAGAAAACAGAAGAAAACCCAAACGUGUGUGUAUACAUGUGUGUACAUGCUUAUGUAGUGUGACCUAAGUAUAAGUAGCAAGAUGUACCUGUUAUCUUGCAUGUUUGAGACAGGAAGGAAAAAUGCCAGGAAUCCUACCAUUGUGUAAAACAAUUACUGAUUUCCUUUCCACAUUUUUGGCAGGAUGGUAGUACCUCCCUGGGUAGUUGCUGUCUACCAGCCUACUAUCCAAAAUUAAACUUAGUAUUAACUGGAAUUAAAAGUGUAUUUUGUCACAUGAUGGAAAUAUUCUGUAUCACAUGAUACAUGUAACAUAAUUAAAAUCAAGGAUGGCAAAAGUAAUGUCAGUAAAUUUUUAGAUUUUAUUGAUAAAUGGUAAUGGAACAAAAGAUUGCUCUUUAUACUUUUAAAGGUUUGCUAAUUGUUAUUCAUAUCUCAUAAUAGCCUUAUGGAUUUAUAGUUUUAAUUUUGACAUUUGUAAUGCAGUGUUAAAAAUUACAGUAGGGCCCCACUUUACGGUGUUUUGCUUUAGAGCGUUCUGCUAAUGAGGUCAUUUCAAAUUAUGACCAAAACUCUCUCUAUACGGCUUGCCCCACUUGACUUUCUAAUACAGUCACCGUGCCCCACCCGGUUUGUUGACAUUCUCCGUGACAUCCUUAAGCACUAAGUCUGUCCAUUAUGUCUAGAAACCCCCAAAAUUUCAAGUGUUUUUAAGUUAUUUCAUAAUUUAUGUAUACUACUCUGAUAAUUAUACUUAUGUAUAAUUACUGUGCUGGCAUGCAGGUACACAUUAAAAUCAGUAAGUGUGUCUUAUGUCUUGAGACACCAUAUUAAUAAUAAUAAUAAUAAUCACCGAGUCUCAUUGAAUGUCGUGUAUUACGUUAAUAUACAUAUUUUCGUUAAUCCAUCUAUGAUAUUUCUUCAAAAUUAUAUAAUAAACAUGAUACAUAACAUAUAAAGAUGAUAAAUACACCCCACAGUAGAAUAACAUUUUCUCUAGUCCAACAUAAGAGAAAAUGUGUUACUGGGGGUAACUGCAGAAAAUUAUUCCCUUCAUAUGUAAGUUUAUUGAGGUAUACACAAAUAUAUUUACAUAGACUAUCAUACAUAGCAGCAUAUGUGUAAAGUACCUAGGAUAACCCAAAAAAGUCAGCGUGACUUGCUUCCAUUGCCUUCACUCAGAGCGUCAUAUCUUCUAAAAAUGGUGUUACAUGAUAAUGGGAGUGUUCCUCUUUAUUUAUUCUACCGUAUCAAUGUAGAAACAACUUGUGCAUAAUGUAACUUGUACACAAGCCAUACGUGUAUGCCUGGCUUGUUUACAAAACUUGCGUUCGCCUGGUUUGUUUACAUAACUCUGCGCCUGUCCUCCCUCAUGUGCUCAUUCUCUCUUUCUCUCUCUCUCUUAUUUAUUCGUUUUAUCUCGUUUACUCACCCCUGACCCUACAUUAAGACUACAAAUAUUUUAAGGUAAGUAAUGAGCAAACUGUAUAUUCAUUUUAUCGCUCUGGGAUGCUUAAAUAUCAUAGAAUAAU